AUGGGGAAGCAAGGGUCUCCAAAAAGUCCACGCCCCGAGCACCCGAAUCUUGAUGUAUCAUUUGGGGUGAAAAACAGUCAGUUUAGAGGUUCGGAAAUGCAGAAAGGAAGUGAUCCUUUUAUAGGGAGAAGGAUGUCAGGGGACAAAGUUUUCUUGGUUCAUGGGGUGAAGAAUGAUUCUUCAAAGUUUAGCAAUUUUAAGGGAGUUCAGGCUGGGAAAAGGCAUAUGUGGAUACGUAGAAAUUUGCGGUCUAUUGGUUUUACCUUUUUGUUGAUAGGUUUCCUCUUUGUUUUGGAUUCCCUUAUGUGCUCCAUUUUUGAUCCCACAAUUCAGAGUAGUUCAAUUCCAAGAAAAUCAAAUGAGACAAGGGAGAGCAGGACUGCUUAUGAUAACACAGAAAAUGCACCAGUACAGAUGUAUGACUGGCUUGUAAAUCUGGCUUCGGCUGCUCUUGCAAAGAAUGAGUUUAAGCAAGAUGCAUCAAAGUUUUGGGAAGAACCAUACCCUCAGGCAUCUAAGUGGAAACCUUGUGCAGAUAGAAAGAGUCCCAAAAGCAUUGGGAAAGCCAGGAACAGCACCGGAUAUAUAUUGGUCAGUGCCAAUGGAGGUCUAAAUCAACAACGAGUUGCUGUUUGCAAUGCUGUUGCUGUGGCCUCGCUGCUAAAUGCAACUUUGGUUAUUCCCACAUUUCUUUCCAGCAAUGUAUGGAAAGAUCCCAGCCAGUUCGGUGAUAUCUAUCAAGAGGAGUAUUUCAUGAACAUAUUGAAGGAUGAAGUAAAUAUUGUAAAGGAGCUUCCUUAUAAUUUGCAAUCACUGGACUUGGAAGCAAUUGAUAUUGCAAAGGAGGCAACACCUCUUGAAUAUGUGAAGACCAUACUUCCUCUCCUACAACGGAAUGGGAUUGUUCACUUUCUUGGAUUUGGAAACCGACUUGGCUUUGACCCUUUGCCUUUUGAAUUUCAGAAGUUAAGAUGCAAAUGUAACUUCCAUGCUUUAAAGUUUGUGCCAAAUAUUCAACAAGUCGGUUCACUAUUGAUUAGGAGGGUAAGAAACUAUGAUGCAGCAAGGAACAUGUUAGAUAAACAAUUGCUUGGAAAUUUCAUCCCAAACGUCCCCUCCAGAGGUUCUGAUUCCAUUGGAGGGACUUCCAAGUAUCUUGCUUUGCACAUGAGGUUCGAAGUUGAUAUGGUGGCCUACUCUCUCUGCCGAUUUGGAGGUGGAGAAAAUGAGGAAAGGGAACUUCAAGCUUACAGAGAAAUCCAUUUUCCUUUGCUUAUUGAGCGCUUGAAGUUGUCAAAGUCUGUUUCUCCAGCAGAAUUAAGAAAGUUGGGAAGAUGUCCAUUAACACCAGAAGAAGCAGCACUCGUACUUGCUGGUGUCGGUUUUAAGCGUGGAACUUACAUUUAUCUGGCAGGGUCUCAGAUGUAUGGUGGACAGUUGAGGAUGCAUCCUUUGACUAGCCUCUAUCCCAAUUUGGUCACAAAGGAAGAUCUUCUCACCCCCAAUGAACUUGCACCCCUUAGGAAUUUUUCUUCUCAGCUUGCAGCACUGGACUUUAUUGCCUGCGCGACAUCAGAUGUAUUUGCCAUAACAGAUUCUGGGAGCCAACUAUCAUCCCUGGUGUCUGGUUUCCGAACAUACUAUGGUGGUGGCCAUGCCACAACCUUGAGGCCUAGCAAGAAGAGGCUGGCAGCAAUUUUGUUGGAGAAUAGCACCAUAAAAUGGAAUACAUUUGAAGAGAGAAUAAGAAAGAUGAUCGAGGAAGGUCAAAGAGUACGUGUAAGGAGGUUUGGUCAAAGCAUUUAUCGACAUCCAAGGUGUACAGAAUGCAUGUGCAAGCAAAACUGAAAUUUUUUUUCUUUCCUGAUGACCAUUCUUUUAGGUUCUCUCAUUUUUUUCCCCUUGUUAUAUUUCUUUUGCAUUUAGCACAUUCUUUAAACCAGCAUUGCGUUCAGAUGUUGGCCCGGGCAGACUAUUGAUUCUGAUGCCACGGUGAAAAAGAGUAUUGCGCCAGUGGCAAUAAACUGCAGGCAUAAAUGGUGAAUGCCCGAAUCUGUAAAUUUUUCCCUCAUUUUUUUGGCGUUUUCU